AAAUUUAGAUAUAUUCCGAUGCGAUUAGAUAAUUCUAGGGAUUUUGCGACUAUUGGCGACCAUUGUCUCGGCCUAACAACACGCAGGUUAUGUUUACAGCAUACGGUUGCUGUAGCAUCGUACAUCUGACCUGAAGAUAAUUUGUUUUUUUAACAAAAUGUCCGUGAUAUUUCGAAGAAUUUUUAACACAUUGCAAAGAGCCAAUCGUCAGGCAUUAAAAUAUAGCACUGUUGUCGAGAAUCAGGUCGAGAAUCAAGUUAACGAUACGACGGAAGAGAAAGACAUCGUGCCGAUUAUAUCGAAGCGACAAUACGACGACGAUGAUCGUUUGUAUCAGAAAAUCCGCGAGGUGUGGAUCGAAAACUUCGACACCGUGGAAGAGAAGAAAUUGGGCUUGAUGAGUUUGCAUCCGCAAGUCUACGCGACCGCACCUCGUAUGGAUAUGAUCCACCAGAAUGUGAGGUGGCAAAGAAUGUAUCGCUGGGUGUGUUACGCGCACACAAAAACCCGAGCCGAAGUCAAGGGUGGCGGUAGAAAACCGUGGCCACAGAAAGGUAUGGGGCGUGCUCGUCACGGAAGCAUACGUUCUCCGUUGUGGAGAGGCGGUGGAGUAGCACACGGUCCAAGGUCCCCUACAACGCACUUCUACAUGCUGCCGUUUUACAAUCGUGUACACGGUCUCACGUCGAUGUUGUCUGUAAAACUUGCGCAAGAUGAUCUGCGUGUAAUCAAGAAUUUAGACAUUCCGACGGCAGAUCCUUCCUACAUAGAGCAGCUGAUAGAGGAGAGAAAUUGGGGACCAUCUGUUCUUAUUGUGGAUAGCUACGAUAUCAUGCCUAAAAAUAUCGCAUUGGCCACAGACGAGAUCAAGCAUGUCAAUCUGAUGCCUGUUUACGGUCUAAAUGUGUACAGCAUGUUAAAACACAGUACUCUGGUACUUACCGAGUCAGCAGCCAGAUUGAUAGAAGAGAGAUUACUUUAUCAAUUACACAGGGCAGAUUACAGAAAAGUGCAACGUAAAUUUAAUAUGAGUCAAAAAUAAAGAACAUCGAUUUUCAAUGAAAUUUAGAUGUUCGUUGUUAUUUAUACACGUGUAUACAGGUCCAUGUACAUUUUAAAUAUCUAUACAAACAAUCUAGUAGAUAGAAGAAACAUAUAAAAUAAAAUGUUGCUAUUAUAUUUCAA